UAAGUACGUACAUGUUUUUUAUCAUUUGUGUUUGUUUAAUUCGUUUUUUCUGGUGUUUUUAAGAAAAUUGGAAUAGUAGUGCAGUGUUGAUCAACUAUUAUCGUCACAAAUUAUUUGAACUGUUUCAGAUAAUACCAAUGGAAGAACGUCCAACUGAUCUAGAAGCAGGUGGGUCUCAUAUAGAAGAUAAAAAUGGUCACUCUAAAAUACUCACUCGGUUGGAGACCGUUCCUGAUAUCAAAAGAGAUACUUCAGGGAUCACUACCCAGUAUAUUGCUACUGGAAUCGUAAAUCUUGGGGCGUUCGCGUCUGGCGUAUGCGUCGCUUGGACUUCAUCAGCAUUGCCUCUUAUGAUCUCUGGACAGUAUGAGACGCAGCCAGCCCGAUCGUCAGAUGUUUUUACGUCAAACAAUGGAACCCACACCAAAAUUAUUCUCACGGAAACGGAAGCCUCAUGGGUGGCGUCUUUGCUGUGUUUGGGAGCACUAUUCGGGGCUGUUCCUUCUGGUCUCAUCUCAGAAUAUUUUGGACGAAAGAAAACAUUACUUUAUCUUGCGCUACCUUUGGUGGUCUCAUGGAUCUUAGUCGCUUCAAGUCCUAACGUCUACGGCUUGUACGUGGGGCGUUUCGUAAGUGGCGUAGCUGUAGGAGCCUUCAGCGUGGCGAUACCACCGUAUAUUGAAGACAUAGCCGAAAAGAAUACUUUACCUGGAUUGGCCAAUUUCUACCACGUACAUUUUGCAUCUGGGGUACUUUUUGGCUAUAUUAUUGGAUUGGUCCAGAGCGCUUCGUGGCUGUCGGUACUAUGCGCUAGUAUACCCAUAUCAUUCUUCAUUGGAUUCAUAUUUCUUCCGGAAUCUCCAGCUUACCUGAUGUCUCAAGGGAAAUUUCCCGAAGCAAAAGCGGCGUUAAAAUACUUCAGAGGCAUAGACAAUGACGUGGAUUCGGAAAUGAAAGAACUAAAGGAAUACGUCAGGAAUUACGGAAGAAAUAAAGUCACAUUUAGGCAGCUUUUCACUACUAGAACUACUAUUAAGCCUUUGAUCGUCUCUUUUGGGUUGAUGAUCUUUCAGCAGAUGAGCGGUAUCUAUCCAAUUCUCUUCUACGCCGAGAAAAUUUUCAAGAACUUCGCUAUAUCGUUAAAUUUACCAAGUGCAGCAAUUAUUCUUGGUUUCUGCUUUGUUACAUCUAUGUACUUCUCAACUAUGUUCUUAAAGAAAUUUAGAAGGCGCGUCUUAUUAUUAAUAUCUUUUACACUAAUGGCACUUAGUUUGGGCACUUUAGCUAUGUUCUACCAUUUAAAAGCUUCGAACCUAUCAGCUCAUAAUACGUGGGUACCUUUGUCCACAUUAUGCAUAUUUGUAUCCAUGUAUGCGGUAGGUGCAGGGCCCAUACCUUGGUUGAUGUUACGUGAGAUAUUUGCACCAAACGUAAGGCGGCGAGCGACAGCUCUUACCGCUGGAUUUCACUGGUUUUUUGCCUUCGGAGUUACGAAGUUAUACCAAAAUUUAAUACACUUGGUGAGUCCAGGGUGGACGUUAUGGCAUUUUGCUGUAACUAGCCUGAUUGGAACCAUUUUUGUAUACUUCUUUGUACCUGAGACUAAGGGAAGAACGUUGGAAGAAAUACAUAAUGAGUUCGACGGUAUUCAUAAAAGGAAAAGGCAUAGGCAUGUUAUUGAAGUCGAGACUGUUUCAGUGCAUUGAUUUAUUUCUUUAACGGAAUGUAGAACUCAAAAUAUUGCUUUUUUGUAUCUGGUAUGGAUUUAACAUUCUAAUAUCUAUAAUGAUAAAAGUAUAGUUUCACACCUAGAGCAUUUUGUAGUUGUAGUGUUUAUUUGAUUUUUCAUUAUGAUGGCGGCUUUGUGGUCCUUUAAAAGUCCGUUAAAAAAUCUUUUAACACUAACUAUGACUUUAUUCAAAAUAUUUAAUUGCGAAGGCGUUUUUUUAAAUUCGAGUAAUCUUUAUCUAAUUGGUAAGGAGCUUGGCAAAAUUUGCCCUUGUCAUAUAUUUGUAGAUUGAUCCAAUGACUUAGGAUAGUCUUAAAACAACUCCGCAUAUAAUUACUAUUAGCACUUCGGGCAAGGAUCAUAAAUUUGCGCGCGUAAUAUCGCAUAGAAAAAAAACUAAAGUGACAAAAUGACUUUAAUGGCAUUAUGUUCUGUUGAGUUGUCAUUUGAGCCAGCGUAUCGUUAGAAACUAUGAAUUUUUAUGACAUACACAAGAUCCAUUAGGCUUUUUGAUGAUAUUUUUUGUAAUUUACGCCAUACAUUUUUAAGACUAAAACUAGAGAAUAAGAUUUAAACCUAGUUAAUAUUUAUUUUUAUUAAAAGACUCACGGCGAUAUUUAUUUUUACUUCUCGUAAAUUAUUUUAUAUAUUUUUAGUUAAGUUUGGAGUAGCAUCAGUAUUUGUUAAAAAAGUUACUACUUAAUUAGCUAUAUUAUUAUUAUAUUAAGGGAAAUUUGUAGCGAAAUAUUGUCUAUAUGCCUUAUAAGUUAUAUAUUUAUUUUAAUACAUGAUUUGUAAAUAAU